AUGAAGCUCGUUCGUUUUCUUAUGAAAUGCAUGAACGAAACGGUGACGAUUGAGUUGAAGAAUGGAACCAUCCUCUCCGGCACGAUUGCCUCUGUAUCGCCGCAAAUGAACACAGCGCUGCGAGCGGUCAAGAUGACGCCUAAAGGUCGCGAUCCGAUUUCCCUUGAUACGAUCAACAUCCGCGGCUCGACGAUCAGAUACUUUAUCUUGCCCGACAGUCUUCCGCUGGACACUUUACUGAUCGAUGAUCAACCCAAGCCCAAGAACAAGGCUAGGAAAGAGGUCGAUCGCGGCGGAAGGGGUGGUGGUGGUGGUGGUCGUGGAGGUGGUGGACGGGGCGGACGAGGUGGGCGUGGACGCGGCCGAGGACGGGGACGGGGUUUCUAG